AUGCUGAUUGCAUUAUCUUAUUUAGCGAUAAGAAUUCCGAAUAAAAGAAUAAAACUUGCUGAAGAUGUCUUCGAAAAUUGUCAGAGUAUUAUUGACAGAGAGCUAAAAGAAGAUGAUACCUUUUAUGAAUUAACAAUAAAUGCAGGUGAAUGCAGGGAAUUAAGUUCAUAUUCAUACACUCUUGCCAGUGAGUCUGACUUCGUUGUUGAUCUUUACACCGAUGCAGAUCUAACAAAACCUCUCAAAACAGCAAAGAACGCGUUUUUCCUCAAUCUACCACUAGGCGACGAUCAUCUUUAUACUUCAACCAUAAAAUGUUCUGAUAGUAGUAAAGAGUGCAAAGUUCAAUUGUAUAAACAGCCCACUCCAGCUUAUAAGAUGACUGACCAAGGAGAAGAGAUAAGCAUUAUGGUGUAUGUAACUUCAACAAAGGAAGGCAAAAUUGAAUUCCAACGCAAAAAAAUGUAUAUGCAUAUCCAACUUUCUUAA